AUGCAGAAACAGGAGAAGAGGACUGAAAAUGAUUUCAUUUUUGGCAAACUCAUUGGAGAAGGCAGUUUUUCAUCUGUGUUUCUUGCUAAAGAAAUUCGCUCCAAACAUGAAUACGCAGCUAAAAUCUGCAGCAAGCAUCUGAUUGCACAAGAAAAGAAAAUUGAGCAAGUCCUGAGAGAGAAAGAGGUUAUGACCAUUCUCAACCAAGCCGAGAACAAGACUGCACCCUUCUUUGUAAAGCUUGCUUAUGCUUUCCAAAGUGAUGCAAACUUAUAUUUUAUCCUGAGUUAUUGCAAGCAUGGAGAGCUGUUAGACUUAAUCAAGACGGUUGGUAACUUUGAUCACGAGAGUGCUUCAUUUUACACUGGCGAGAUCCUCAGGGGGCUGGAGCAUCUUCAUUCACUAAAUAUUGUUCAUAGAGACUUAAAGCCAGAAAAUAUUCUCCUAGAUGAUAGAAUGCACAUCAAGAUUUCAGAUUUUGGCUCUGCCAAAAUCCUUGAAAAAGUGGAAUCUGAUGAAGCAACUGGGGAUUUGCUUCGCUCAUCAAGUUUUGUGGGUACAGCCCAGUAUGUGUCUCCUGAACUGUUGCAAGAAAAGAAAAUUUGCUAUGCCUCAGAUCUUUGGAGUUUAGGAUGCAUCAUCUACCAGAUUGUUUCUGGUUUGCCACCCUUCAGAUCAAAGUCAGAGUAUUUGAUAUUUAAAAGCAUCCUUGCGCUGAACUACGAGUUUCCAUCAGGCUUCUUUGAUGAUGCUCGUGAUCUGGUACAGAAACUGCUUGUUCUUGAUGCAAGUGGUCGCCUCGGAGCUCGGGACCGAGGAGGCAGAUACUGCAGUGUGCGCAACCAUACUUUCCUGGCUCACCUCAACCUGGAUACACUGCACCUAGAAACUCCCCCCAUUAUCACCACUUAUAUGCCUGACGCCAGUGAAGAAUCCAUUUGGGACAAAAAUGUGACGCCAGGCUUUGAGAAGAGGGAGCUGGACUUGUUGCAACAGACGAUAACUACUACAUGCAGCAAGCCCAAGGUUGUGGAAAACCUUCAAGACACACAAGGCUCUUCUGCCCCACAAUCUUCUCCCAACUAUGAAAAUCCAAGUAAAAGCUCUUCCUCAUCAAAAGUUGUUACAUCAAGUCAGGCAAACAUCAAGUCUUCAACACCUGGUUCUUCUAGAAGCUCUUCUAGAGGUGUCAAGAAUAUAGCGGACAUUACAAAAGAUGAGCACAACAUGAGACUUGAAGUACAGAAGAAAGAAAGCAAGUGGCAUCGAUUUGUUGAUGGAAACCUUAUCUUGAAGCAAGGACUCGUGGAUAAAAGAAAGGGCUUAUUCCCGCGUCGUCGCAUGUUCCUGCUGACAACAGGACCGCAUCUGUACUACGUGGACCCCGUCAAUAACGUGCUCAAGGGCCAGGUGCCUCUCGACGGCACCACGCGCUGUGAGGGCAAGAACUUCCGCACUUUCUUCAUCCAUACGCCCAACCGCGUGUAUUACCUGGAGGAUCCUGAGAACUCUUCAAAGCAAUGGAUGGAAGCUGUCGAUCAGGUGUGCAGCUACUACUUCCCGCGCUCCUAGGGCACCUCUGCUCUGAUAUCUGCUCUACUCAGCUCUGCUUAACUCUGAUAUCUGCUUUGCUCAGAUCCAAUGUCUGCUCUGCUGCGAUGUCUGCUCUGCUUAGCUCCAAUGUCUGCCUUGCUCAGCUGCGAUGUCAGCUCAGCUCAGCUCCGAUGUCUGCUCUGCAUUGCUCAGCUCCGAUGUCUGCUCUGCUCAGCUCUGAUGUCUGUACUGCAUCUCGCCUGUUUUAAGUGCGCACUCAGACCGUAACCCCGCAGCGGCCAGUGCACUGUUUUCACAAACAUUUUCAAUUUGCAAAUCUAACCCUUCAGUUUCUUCUAGUCUUUUCAGAUGUCUAACAAUUUUUGAAGUCGUGAAAAUAAUUGCAGGAGAAAACCUUCACUUGAAAUCAAAGGUAAGUAAAUUUUGUGACACGGGUGCAAUCAUUUUCAUGAUUCUUUUUUUUUUUUUUUUGCCAAUAAUUAUUUUUCUCUUGCGCACUAUUAAUUUAACUUUAUGGAAUUGUACUUGUUUUAUGGAGUUCAUAAACUUUUGCGUUUAACCUACCAAAUCAAUAACUAAAUUAAUGCAGGUUUUUCUUUAAGGUUAUAUCCUCCUUGGACUUACAGUGUUAGGCCUACUAUGACCAUGGAAACAAUGCUUACUUAUUUCCCCAUUUUACGUGAACUCUUGUGCGUUUAUGCACUUUCUAUGUUCUAUAAUAAUCACUCUUAAUCUUCAACAUAGCAGUGGCUUCACAAAUCGUCUGUGGAUCCAAAAAUGUUUUAUCAUCGCGUUCUCUUUUAACGUAAUUCUUCGAGAGCAGAACUUUCAUUCAACAAUUUGUCCGUCUUAUCCGCACCGACGUCAAACAUGUACCAACAACGUUCCUCCACCAAACUCUUUAUUUAAUCCCACACCUAACACGAUAAUGUCCUAACACACAAACGCCUCACGCCCUUGGAAUGUUACCUAAUGCUACUGAUCGACGCGCCUCUACAACACACUACAACUAACUUCAAAUCUCACAAGCGCCGCUGCGCCGUCAAACCUAAACUCAUAAAUACUUGAGAUAAAACAUAUUUUUUGAUCUCUAUUCUCGUGAUGUAUGGAUCAGACAGUCUACAAUAAAUACACAACACAUCAGCUUGUGACCGAUGAAUGUGCCUGUGCGGGUUGUGGCCACACUGCUUCCUGAGUGAACACGCCUGCAGAGCCUCAGCCACACGCGCCUUUAUUGUAUCUCUUUACUUCUUCAAACGACGAAUAAAUAAUCAAAGUAUGCCCGCUGUUCACGAAACACUUAAUUAAUUGGUUAAAUUGUAUCUCCGUCCCUCAAUUUCUAGUCAUCAAGAUGGUUUUACCCUUCGUUCACGAAUGUUACCCUCUUAUUCCUAUUGUUCCUAAUAUAUUUCCAGAAUUUUUCUGCAAUUCAGCAGUGUUUGGAAUCGACAAAUAUUUGCCACUCGUUUCUUUUGUGCUUACGUUUUCAAGAGGAUAUACGGACAUCUGCUUCAGUGUUCAUCAAACUCAGGCGUGCUUGUACCUACUUGCUGGUAUUUGAUCAGCACAAAAUAAAUUCUGGUUGC